AUGGCUAUACACCUUGAAUUACUACAAGAAGCAGUAGAUGAUAAAGGUUUUGAGUCUUUUAUCAAAUCUGGUGUUAGUAACAAAGCUGUUAUCAAUAAGCUGGUCUUUGAAGACUUUGAGGAACAGAAAAAAGUAUUUGGAGAUGCAACACCAGGCAUUGACGAAAUGGUACUCAAAUUACCGAGAGCUUUCAUAAAUCAUUAUGAAAACAGGAUCAUAGAGUGCGUGAGAGCAGCAUUUGACAAGUUACCUAGUAAAAUCAAUACGGUUUAUCUAGUAGGAGGGUUUGGAGGGUGUAGGUUUGUUAGGCAAAAGAUAGAAGAAGCUAUCGCUCAGCAUUGUGGUAUUCUUUAUGAUAAUAUAGUGUGUCCUCAAUAUCCAGGUCUUGCUGUUGUAUCAGGAGCAGUAAUGUGGAGGAAAGAUCCUAACAUAAUCCAAUCACGUGUUGCUGAUGCGACCUAUGGGAUAGCAGGUGGGCCUAUAUUUAACCCAUCAAUACAUGAUGAACAUUACAAGUUUGUAGAUGAAGAUGGUGUAUUACGUUGUGACAAUGUACUAUGCGUAUAUGUACUCAAAGGAGAAACAAUAAAGGACUAUGUAUAUAAAAUAACUUAUAUACCUCAUUCUCAAUGGUCCACACAAGCUCACAUCACAAUAUAUUGUACAACAGAUGAUGGAGUUCAAUAUGUAAGGGAUAAAAAAGGUAAAGUAACAGUACGUAAGAUUGGUGAGCUAAUAUUUGAUAUUCCUAAUCCUGAGAAUAUACCAAGAAAUGAGAGAGCAUAUGACGUAUUUAUGGAUUUCAGUGGUACAGAGAUACAAGCAAGAGCUCAGUAUACUAUCACAGGAGAAGAAGUGAAAACAGUUUGUGACUUUUUAUCAAACCAAGACUAA